CUAGCUGCCAAUUGCUGUUCGCCGACGGUCACUGUGCCAUCGAAUUAUGAAGUUACAAAUUAUUGUCACCAUUUUAACUGUCAUCUGGAGCAGAACGAACGCUUCAAUAACGAACACGAAGUUAUGCUUCGGCGAGAAUUUUAGGUUUGGUGUUGCAACUGCAUCGUACCAGAUUGAAGGGGGAUGGAAUGUAUCAGGAAAAGGCGAAAGCAUCUGGGAUCGCUACACUCAUGAGCACCCAGAAAGGGUGUUUGAUCACAAUAACGGGGAUGUGGCAGAUGACUCCUACCAGCGGUACAAAGAAGACGUGAAGUUACUGAAGGAGUUGGGGGUGAACUUCUACCGCUUCUCCAUAUCCUGGCCAAGGAUUCUGCCCACUGGAUUUAUCAAUGACGUCAACAAAGAUGGAAUAAGAUAUUACAACGACCUGAUCGAUGAGUUACGCCGCAAUGAUAUAGAACCAUUAGUGACCAUGUACCACUGGGACUUACCACAAAUACUGCAAGAGCUCGGCGGCUGGACGAACCCCGUUAUGGCUGAUUAUUUUGCGGACUAUGCAAAGGUGCUGUUCAAUGAGUUUGGCGACAGAGUCCAAUUCUGGUUGACAUUCAACGAGCCGCUUUCCUUCUGUCAAGACGGUUACGGUGGAAAUGACGCUCCAGGAGGUCAGGCCAGCGGCUUCGAAGAUUACAUGUGUGGUCACAACGUCCUCAGAGCUCAUGGGAAGGUUUACACUCUGUACAAUAAGGAGUACAGAGAUCAACAGCAGGGUUCUGUUGGGAUCACGCUGGACAUAGCGUGGAUGGAACCUAUAACUACGUCUCAGGAGGAUCAAGACGCCGCAGAAACAGCAAGGCAGUUUACCUACGGCUGGUUCGCUCACCCCAUACUCACAGACGAGGGUGACUAUCCUCCGAUCAUGCGAAAACGAAUAGAUGAGAACUCCAAACGUCAGAAUUUCGCUCGAUCUCGUCUCCCACAAUUCACUAGUGAAGAAAUACAAGAAAUCAAAGGCUCUUUCGAUUUCCUUGGAUUGAAUCAUUAUACCACGUUUAUGGUCAGCCCAGGCGACAAUAAAACCAGUACGGUACCAUCGUUUCAGAACGAUAUGGGUGUAAAAACGAGUCAGAAAGCUGAAUGGCCUAAAUCAAAUUCGACUUGGCUGAAGGUUGUUCCAUGGGGUUUUAGGAAAGCGUUGAAUUGGGUGAAAAAUACUUACAACAACCCAAACAUAUUGGUCACAGAGAAUGGGAUCUCCCUUCAUCCCGGGCUGCAUGACCCAAAGCGGGUGAACUACAUCGACGGGUACUUGAGGGCCCUUCAUGAUGCUAUUUACAAGGACAAGUGCAGGGUUAUAGGGUAUACCUACUGGAGUCUGUUGGAUAACUUUGAAUGGAUGCGAGGAUACUCGGAAAGAUUUGGACUAUACGAAGUGGAUUAUGAAUCCCCAAGCCGCACCCGUACGCCGCGCCUCUCAGCUUCAUACUUCAGGGCUAUAGCUACCACCGGGUGCCUGCCUAACGAUUACAUCAACUAUGUUGAAUAUACUCUUACAGAUUAAAUAUAUAAAUAUAUAUAUGUAUACUAAUACAUUUAAA